UUUUUUUUUUACUGUCGAGUGUCGCCGCCGCCAUUUUACCCAGAGUUUCCUUCGUGGCCGAGACUCCGAUCCUACCUCAUUUUCACUGGCAUUUACUACGUUAGAUGUCCAGUCGCCACCAACCUUCUUGGUGAAAACUGAAACAGGGAAGUAAUUAAGCACCUCUGCCAUUUCCACAUUUUAUGUUAUUGUCUUGCCUCCCUCAUUGAGUAACGGGCCUACUCUGUCCUUGGUCUUCCUCUUGCUUCUAACGUAUUUGUAGAAUGUUUUCUUGUUACCCUUUAUGUUUCUAGCUAGUUUGAUCUUGUUUUGUGCCUUGGGUUUUCUAAUUUUGCCCCUACAUACUUGUGUUAUUUGUUUAUAUUAAUCCUUUGUAAUUUGACCAAGAUUCCACUUUUUGUAGGACUCUUUUUUGAGUUUUAGAUCAUUGAAGAUCUCCUGGUUAAGCCAGGGUGGUCUCUUGCCAGACUUCCUCUCUUUCCUACGCAGUGGGAUAGUUUGCUCUUGUGUCCUUAAUAAUGUCUCUUUGAAAAAUUGCUAACUGUCUUCAAUUGUUUUUCCCCUUAGACUUGCUUCCUAUGGGAUUUCACCUAACAACUCCCUGAGUUUGCUAAAGUCUGUCUUCUUGAAAUCCAUUGUCUUUAUUGUGCUAUUCUCCCUCCUACCAUUCCUUAGAAUCAGGAACUCAACCAUUUCAUGAUCACUUUCACCCAAGUUGCCUUCCACUGUCAAAUUCUCAGCCAGUUCCGCCCUAUUUGUCAAAAUCAAAUCUAGAACAGCCCACCCCCUUAGUAGCUUUCUCCUCCUUCUGAAAUAAAAAAUUGUCUCCAAUACAUUCCAAGGACUUGUUGGAUAAUCUGUGCCCUGCUGUGUUGUUUUCCCCACAGAUGUCUGGGGAGUUGAAGUCCCCCAUCACCACCAAGUCCUGGGCUUUGGAUGAUUUUGUUAGUUGUUUAAAAAAAGCCUCACCCAUCUCUUCUUCCUGGUUAGGUGGUCUGCAGUAGACCCCCUACCAUGACAUCACCCUUGGUUUUUACCCCUUUUAUCCUUACCCAGAGACUUUCAACAAGCCUGUGUCUUAUUUCCAUCUCAAGCUCCGUCCGAGUGUAUACAUUUUUAAUACAUAAGGCAACACCUUUCCCCCUGCCUGUCCUUCCUGAGCAAGCUGUACCCUUCUAUACCAAUAUUCUAGUCACGCAUAUUAUCCCACCAGGUCUCCAUGAUGCCAACUAUGACAUAGUUGUGUUUAUUUACUAGCAUUUUGAGUUCUUCCUGCUUAUUCCCCAUACUUCUCGCAUUAGUAUACAGACAUCUAAGAUACUGAUUUGAUCCCCCCCCCUUUAUUUCUGCUAUAACAGCCCAUGCUCCCCCCCAGAUUCUGACCCUUCUCCCAGGUCUCCAUGUUUUUGACUUAUUUGUGGGCUUUGGUCACCUGCCCCCGUCAAACGUAGUUGAAAGCCCUCCUCACCAGGUUAGCCAGUCUGUAGCCAAAUAGGCUCUUCCCCUUCCUUGAUAGGUAGACCCCAUCUCUGCUUAGCAGUCCUUCUUCCUGGAACAGGAUCCCAUGGUCAAGGAAGCCGAAGUCCUCCUGUCAACACCAUCCUCACAGCCAGAUAUUCACCUCCAGGGUGCAUCUGUCUCUGCCAAGGCCCCUACCCUUGACUGGAAGGACUGAAGAGAACACCACCUGCGCUCCCAACUCGCUCAUCCUUAUUCCCAGAGCCCUGUUGUCACUUCUGAUCUGCUGAGGGUCGUACCUCAGAUACCCCAACUGAGCUCGGGGUCUCCCUUGUGCUGUGCAAUUUACAAAUACCUAGUGGCUAUUAAAGUUCAAAAACAAUUUAGUUAGUGCAGAGCUGAAGCUAUCGGCUGCCUUCCCAGAACAUCAAGUUCUGCAGAACUCCGACUUGUGAAAACCAAGAAAGGCAGCAUUAAGAGCAGACUAUGACUCAAGUGGAGAAACCUUAGGAAGAAAAGACCCUGAAGCCAGAACUGUCACAGCUGAUCGGGAGUAAUUCUAUAUCAGUGAAAGAGUUGGUUGGGACACUCGGACAGCUCGCUUCCCAGACGGAGAGGAAAGAUGGAGAAAACGAAUUCUCAUUCUGUAAAGGUGCAACGUUGCAACUCGUUUGAAAAGGAGGGUAAAUCUGCACGUAUCAGAUUUUUUAGAUGGAGGAUUAGAGUUGUAGUUGAAGUUCUCGUCAUAGCUGUAUUUCUCAUUUCUUUGGUAGUGAUGGCAUUUAAAACCCAGCAGUCAUGUCCACUCCCCAUCGCUGCCUCGUGUUCAAUCUGCUGUUCCAUCCCCUCGUGUGAGGACGGCUGGGUCGGAUACCAAGGGAAAUGCUACUAUUUCUCAGAGGCCGAAGGGAACUGGACCUACAGCAAGAAUAACUGCUCUUCACUUGGUGCCUCCCUGGCUGUGAUUGACACCCGGCAGGACCUGGAUUUCGUGCUGCGAUAUAAAGGCACCACAGAUCCGUGGAUUGGUCUCCAGAGGGGCUCCGAUCAUCACUGGAAAUGGGAAAACGGCACCAAAUUCAACAACCUGUUUGAAGUCAGAGGAGAUGCAAACUGCGCAUUUCUGAUGGAGACUGCUGUCAGCUCUUCAAGGUGUUACACCAUGAGAAGCUGGAUCUGCAACAAACCGUAUGCAUAAUAGAUGAAGGGAAAGUAACACGGACAUACAGUGGGGCUGCCAGAAAUGAAGGACUUAAAUCACAGUUAGACUCUGAAAACUGAGAGCAAAAAACUUCACCUUAGGAGUACUGAUUUAUUAUCUUUUGGUGUCUCCAGAUCAGAUGGGUUCAUUUUACAAGUAAACAGAUGCUGCUGGGGUUCCUCCCCACCCCCACCCCCUCGUUAGCAGCCAGCAUCACAAGCUUGCCUCUGGGAUCUGAGAGUCAAGCUGGGGUCUCAAUUUCAUACAGCAUCUCCAGGGAUAAAAGUUCUGUGGGGCACAGCUGCUGCCCUUUGUGGACGCCCAUGUUGUUCCUUUAUCCCUUUCCCAUCCUGCCCUCCGUGACCGCCAUGUGGCCCCCUGUCCCCUUCCCGUGCUGCCCCUCUGACCCACACAGCCCCCGUCCCCUCCCUAUCCUGCCCUCGAUGACUCUCGCACCAUCCCUCCCUCACCUUAUCCAGCCCUUUACUGACCCUUUACUUCCAUGGGAGCUACAGUUGUUUGGCACUUCUGGAAACUGGACACCUAAAGAAUUGUCCUAAUUUUAGGCACCUACAUUCCAAGACUUUGGCUUUACCCUCGCCAUGCCUCAGUUUCCCUCAGUCGGAGGAUACUGCCUGCUGAUUCAAGCACCUUGGUGCUAUCAGACUGAGGCGUGUGGUGCCUCUUAGCCCUGGGCUGCUUCUAGGUCACGUGGCUUUUGUUUCUUCUUUAUAUUCUCCUUCCAGCAUAGGUACAUUGUCACUGUUGAUAUGGGCUUGGAGGAAGGUAAAUCCUAGAUACAGGUUUAGUUCUAUUAUCAGCGAAGCUUCAGCCAUCCAUAGAGCAAUUUCCCAGAGUGCUGGAGGUCACAGACUCUUUCGCUCCGUGGAGUAUUGAGUCAGCACGAAGCUCCAGCCGUUCGUAGCCAAAUCCCCAUAGAACAGUUGUCUUCAUUGCAAGGCCCGGGAGCCAGUGGCUGCUCCCAUUGACCCUAAAGUGCGGCUCCCUAAGUUCCCUCUAAGAGCGAGGGCCCUGUCCCAUGGAGCUUCCUGCUGCCUGCCAGCAGGGGGACAAAGAGGCCCCUUCCCCGGAGCUAGCUGCUGCCCGCAGGGAGAGGGCUGGGGGAAGUCCUCUGGCCCCAUCCCCUGGGCAGCCUGCCUGCGCCCCAAACUCCUCAUUCCCGGCCCCACCUCAGAGCCUGCACCCCCCUGCCAGGCCCUCACCCCCUCUGCAUCCCAAUGCUCUGCCCCAGCCCUGACCCCUACUGCACCCUGAAUCCCUCAUCCCAGCCCCGCCCUGCAGCUCUCACCACUGAAUCCUACACAUUGGCUCUCACAUUUGAAGGCUUUUUGCCAAAGUGGCCCCCACUUCAAAAACACUGAAGAGCACUUCCAUAGGAGUUUGUGAAUUUAAGAACUAGACACUGCAAGGAAGCCCCUUAAAGAGCAAACUUGAGCAAGUCAUUUUGCCGCCCUCUGCCUCAGUUUCCCCAUCUGUAAAAUAAGGAUAGCGAUGCUGACCUCCUUUGUAAAGUGCUGUGAGCUAUACUGAUGAGAAGCAGAGGGUGAUUAUGACAUUACUGAUGCAUUUUUUUAAAUACUUUAUUGGACGGAGGGCCCAGUGCGGUCUCUGUUGCUUCAUUCCAUGUCAGCUCACACUUACAGUCCAGUUUCCCUGUUCACAGGAUCUUGGACUAAACCACAAACAAUCAUUUUGCUUCCUUCUGAACUUUUAUCCGCAUUUUAAGGUAUUUUUAUAGGCCUGGAUUUCAGCUGUAUGGUUUGCAAGGUUUGGGGUUUUUCUACUGUUUAAUAAAAUGUAAUAAAUACA